UUAGACCCAAGUCAAUCACGUAGCCGUUAGCAACCACCAGAGCGACGAAGAAUCCAACGUAAAUAUAGCGAAUGAAUAACACGAACAAGCGCCGUUGUAAGUUUAACGUAAACGUUAUUUAGCUAGUCAGAUGAAUAUUAGCGCAUUAAUGUGUCUCGCUAAUGUUAGACGUCAGUCGGGGGGGGGCGGGGCUUAUGGGGAAUCGCGCUCCGGUCUCGUGUACAGCACCGUGUUGCCGUCAAUGCCGUGACGGGAACGACCAGGGCGUCUGACCGACUACACGCAGCCAGAACGCGGCUCGUACGGUGGAACAGGAUGAGCUCGAGGCUGAAGGACGACGGUCGUUCGAGAGCCAUGGCCAGAUUCAAAAACAAGAGGAUGGAAAGGUCAAAGCCGGACUCUGAGAGGGACUCGGGCUUCUCAGACGGCGGCUCUGAGCAUCUGAGUGCGGUGGAUCAGACGGACACAGACGACGCGUCGAGCUCCUCACGAUCGCAGCUGACUCUGCAGAGCCUCUCUCCAGUGAUCUUCAUGAACAAUGCGGUUCUAAAGCAGUCUGGUGAAAACCCUUCGUCUUUGAAGCCCUGGGCCUUCAGUCCGGCAGUAGAAGGGGUUUCAGAGCCUCAGGUGGUCUUCCUUCAACCCGUCGUCCCUCAAAGAUCCGCCCCGGUGCUGAAGGGACCCCCGUCUAAACACCGCCGGCACAGAAAGUACCUCCCGAUCCUCAAAUCCUACCCCAGAAUCGCUCCUCAUCCCGGAGAUGUGCGGCCUAAGAGCAGCGGCGGCGGCUCCAGCUCGUCUUCCUCUCGCCGUCAGAAAGACUCGUUGCCCAGCGCUCUUCCGUCUGAUGCACACUCCGUUGAUACGGACAACAAGAUAAAGCGCUUCUGCAACACGUACAACAUCCUCAGCAAGUCAGGUCUGCUGGACAUCACGCUGCGCACGAAAGAGUUGAUCCGGCAGAACCGGCGGACGCAGACGGAGCUGGAUCGCCUGCGCGAGCACACCAGCCUGUUCAUGGAAGCGCUGCGGACGGGAGACUCGGCCAUCUGGAGCAAGCUGCGGAUGAGCGUGCAAGAGGAGGACAAAGAGAAAGACAGGACUGUCAACUUGAAAUGAGACGAAGACACGAUGCAGUUAUACAUGCAACUUUUGCCUGACUAUAUCUUAAGGUGUGCGUUCACUCUUUAACAAGCCUUAGCCAUAAGCUCUUUACACUCCUGCUGUCAUUUUCAGCUCUUGAAUGAAUGAAUGAAUGAAUGAAUUCGGACUCUCGAACUGAAACGUUAACGCCAGGCCUCGUUUGUAAAGCACAAGAGCAGAUUCUGUCUCAAAACGAGCUGCAGAUCUACAGUAGAUCGUAUUUGAGGGCGUCACAGAACGAGACACAGAUCGAGGAUGUGGCACAGCGGUUUCGUUUCUUUUCUCACAGCUGUAAUUAUGAGAGUUGGAUCAUUACAGACCGUCUGUUCGCAUCGUCUGCCCCACGAUCCUCCAUCAUGAUGCUGUGAUUUGAUGAAGUCAUGUAGGAUCUUGUGCUUAAAAAACACAAACGUCAGAAUGAAUCUGGUUUUUCAGAGAUGCACAGCACAUAUGUGGCCCUGGAGCACAAAAGCAGUGUUAAGUCGCUGGGGUAUAUUUGUAGCAACAGCCAACAAUA